ACCAUUUUUAGCCUUUUGCCGUAUCGAAAGGAACCAAAAGAUGGGCGGGUGCGCGCGUAGCGGCAACCACCGUUUGCUCAUCCCUCUCUUGUUCUUCUUCUUGUUCCUCUUCUCCUUCUACCCUUUGGCCUUCUCUAAGUUGUCGUCACCUCAAUUCGAAGUCAUGAGAAGUCUCUUCCGGAUAAUACCUAGUUCUGAGUCAUCGUGGAACAGCACCGAAGACCCGUGUGGAUGGAAAGGGGUCACAUUUAGUCGGGAUAACUCUUCCGUGAUCGAGCUCUCUCUCUCUGGGCUCUCUCUCGUUUCCCCCGAUAUUUUGCCUGUGAUUUGCCAGAUUGGUUCUUUGCAGGUUCUUGACCUGUCCGACAACAAUUUGGGCUCACUCUCUGCUGAGUUCAUCACUUCUUGUGGAAAAAUUGUGGGGCUCAGGCGGUUGAACUUCAGCAGGAAUGCACUGGUAGGUCCUUUGCCUUCUUUUACUGGUUUUGUUGGGUUGGAGGUCUUGGACUUGUCUUAUAAUCAUAUAAAUGGAAACACUGACUCAAAAUUAGAUGGGUUAGUCAAGUUGAAGAGUUUGAAUCUUAGUAUGAAUGUGUUCAAUGGGUCGGUUCCAGUUAACCUGUCCAAGGUUCUGGAGGAGCUCCAGCUUUCGGUGAAUAGAUUCGAAGGUGAAAUCCCUGAGGGAGUCGCAGAUUAUCGGAGUUUGACCCUGCUUGAUCUUAGCGUGAACCAGCUUUCAGGCUCUGUCCCCUACAAACUAGGGGAGCUCCCAAAGUUGGAAGUGCUGGUUCUGUAUUUCAAUCAUCUCGGCGGAACAAUCCCUGAUAGUCUAGCUACUAUUGCAACACUUUCCCGUUUCUCUGCGAACCAAAAUAACUUCAGCGGCCCAAUUCCCAGCGGGUUAACGAGGUUUCUCAAAAUUUUGGAUCUUAGCUACAGUAAUCUGAGUGGGACUAUUCCGCCUGACCUUCUGUCGCCGCCAAAUUUGCAGCAUGUGGAUUUGUCUUACAAUCAGUUGGAGGGGCCGAUACCUAACAGUCUAUCGCCUAACAUGUUCAGGCUGAGAAUGGGUAGCAAUUUACUUAAUGGUACGAUCCCUUCCGAUUCGUUGGGAAGCCUCGAGAAGUUGACUUACUUGGAACUGGAAAAUAAUAGCUUGACAGGAGCAGUCCCUCCUGGACUAGGCAAAUGUCGGAGUUUGGCCCUGUUGAAUUUGGCGCAGAAUAAACUGAUUGGUCCCUUACCACCAGAUCUGGGAAAUCUCAGUAGUGUUCAAGUCAUGAAGCUCCAGUUAAACAAGAUUGAUGGGGACAUCCCUAGAAAAAUUACGCAGUUAGGGAGUUUAGCACAGUUGAAUAUCAGCUGGAACCUGCUGACUGGUACCAUUCCAUCUUCUCUUCCGAACUUGCGGAACCUCACUACCUUGAAUUUGCAGCACAACAAUCUGAGUGGCUCAAUACCCGCUGACAGAGGGAUCUUACCAGGUUUAUUAGAACUCCAGCUGGGAAAGAAUCAACUUAGUGGGCAUAUCCCAACCAUGCCACAGAGUUUGCAGAUUGUUUUGAACCUCAGCAGUAAUCUUUUCAAUGGGACUAUCCCGACUACUUUUACUCAGCUAAAAAACCUAGAGAUUUUGGAUCUCUCAGACAACCAGUUUUCAGGUUCGGUUUCCUUGUCAUUUACUCAGAUGGCGGCCCUGACACAGUUGAUACUUUCCAAUAAUCUUCUGUCAGGUAUUCUUCCAAAGUUUAGGGACAUUGUCAAAGUGGAAGUUGGUGGAAACAAGGACCUCAUUAAUGGGACAACACCGAGCCCUACUGUCAUACAGAAAAGAAACUCUGUUCCUGUGCUACUUCUUACUGCACUGGCCUCUCUGUUUUUACUGCGUUGGUCGUAUCAGCGGUUGUUAAUAUCAGUAUCGAAAAGCUUUUGCGGCGUCAUCGCAUCCGCAAUUAGGAGAUUUUCUUUUCCCAUGCAAAUGAAAAAAAAAUUAAGGCACCAAACGGGUGAUGCAAAGUCGAGAAGAGGGAACGAGAAUGGUUGUGCUUUUACUUGUUUAAAUAACAAUUAA